AUGCAAUUUUACUUGUGUUUAUGUUAAUUUAAAUUAGUAAAUUUAAAUUGUUUAUAUCCAGUGAUUUUAUGCAUCUAUUUCAAUUGAUUAUACGUUUCAGCUGAUUGAUAUCCUGAAUAUUACCAUCAUGGACCCUUUUUUGACUCCAACACAGCUCAAAAAAUUAAGAGUAGUAGAUCUUAAAGAGAAACUAGCUGCUCUUGGAUUACCAUUGAAUGGGCUGAAAGCAGAUCUAAUCAAACGCUUGUCUGAUUAUUAUGCAAGUCAACAAAAGUUGGAAGUAGCGGAACCAGUUGUAGCUCAGGAACCGGCUCCUCCACCGACAAUUCCCUCCAUGGAAAUGAUAGAUGCUAGUGAUAAACAAACAGGACAGGAUACAGUAAAUACUGAAGAACUCGAUCGGGUAAAAGAAGGUGAACAGAAUUAUGAAGCUCCUCAUGAGAUUUCACACCAGGAAGAAGAACCAGUACCUCAGCCAGCUUUUCCCUCCAUGGAGAUGAUUGAUGUUAAUAAACAAGCAGAACAAGAUACAUUGAAUACUGAAGAACUCGAUCGUUCGAAAGAAAGUGAACAGAUGUAUGAAGCUCCUCAUGAGAUGUCACACCAGGAAGAAGAACCAGUUCCUCCGGCAACUUUUCCCUCCAUGGAGAUGAUUGAUAUCAGUAAACGAGCAGAACAAGAUACAUUAGGUACUGAAGAACUCGAUCGUGUGAAAGAAGGUGAACAGACAUACGCUCCUCGUGAGAUUACAAACCAAGAAGAAGGACCUGAACCAUCUUUUCCCUCCAUGGAGAUGGAUGAUGUUAGUAAACAAACAGAUCAAGGUUCAAUAAAUCCUGAACAAAAUGAUGGUAUUAAAGAAGACACCGAAACUUAUGAAACUCCUAGUGAGAUUUCACACCAAGAUAAAGAGCCAGUUCCUCUAUCUAUGGAGAUGAUAGAUACAAGUGCUAAGACAACAGAACAGGACUCAUCAAAUCCUGAAGAAUUCGAUCAUGAGAAAGAAGACGGACAAACGUAUGAAACCACUCAGCCAGUUUCACAUGAAGAAAAAGAACCAGUUUCUCCGUUGCCCUUUCCUUCUACGGAAGUUAUAGAUACAAGUACUAAUCAAACAGAAAUGUCUACAUUGGACUCUGAAGAAAUUGAUCGUGAGAAAGAAAGUGAACAAACGUUUGAAACUCCCCAUACAAUUUCAGAUCAUGAAAAAGAAAAAGCUCCGUCACCGCCGAUUCCUUCCGUUGAGACGAUUGAUGUUAGUAGUAAACAGUCCGAAGAGGAUUCAUCUAAUACUGAAGAAAAGGGUCGUAUGAAAGAAGGUGAACAAUCUCAUGGAACUCCUCAAGAAAUUUCAGAUCUGGAAAAUUUACUAACAGAAGCUUUACAAGCAAAACAAAGCCAAAGUGAAGUUGAUUAUGUUGAUGCUGAUGAUACAUCUAAGAUUCAUAAACAAGCAUCUGACUUCAGUAAAGCAGAAACAAAGAACGUUACUAGUUCAAAUGAAAUCAGUGAAAGUGCUCAACAACAAAAGAAACUUUCAAGAAAUGAAAAGAAAAAGUUGAGAAAAAAGAAGAAGAAGAUUGAAAAACAAAAAAGUCAUCCAAAUGAAGUAAAAAAGGCAACAAACGAAUUGGAUGAUGAUGAUGAUCUUGAUAUUGAGUACAUUGAAGAUGAAGUGCCGAAGGACCCAAUUUAUUAUCAAUAUGUAAAAGUGUUUGAAAAGUUCAAAACGACUGGUAGUGAAGAUUUAGAGAAUCUAAAAAACGAUAAUGAAAUUGUAGAUCCAGCCAAGAAAAUGUUGGAGAGAAAAAAACCAGUCGAAUUGGAAUUGAAAGAAGACGAUGAAAAAAAUGAUGGUGAACCAAAAUUAUCGAAAAGAAAGCUUAAACAACUUACAAGAAUGACUGUCGCAGACCUUAAACAAAAAGUUUCACAUCCAGAAUUAGUUGAAAUGCAUGAUGUAACUGCAAGAGAUCCCCUCUUAUUGCUUCAUUUAAAAUCAACUAGAAACUCUGUCCCUGUUCCUCGUCAUUGGUGCUAUAAAAGAAAGUAUCUUCAAGGCAAAAGAGGUUUCGAGAAGCCAGCAUUCAAACUACCUGAUUUCAUCAGAAAAACUGGAAUCAUGGAAAUGAGACAAGCAUUGCAAGAGAAAGAGGAUGCCAAAUCUUUGAAAACAAGACAACGAGAAAAAAUACGACCCAAACUUGGUAAAAUUGAUAUUGAUUACCAGAAACUUCAUGAUGCAUUUUUCAAAUGGCAAACGAAACCUAAAAUGACAAUUCAUGGAGACAUUUAUUAUGAAGGAAAGGAAUUUGAAACAAGAUUAAAGGAGAAAAAACCCGGUGACUUGAGUGUCGAAUUAAGAGUUGCAUUGGGAAUGCCAACUGGCCCUAAUGCCCAUAAAUGUCCGCCUCCAUGGCUUAUUGCUAUGCAAAGAUAUGGUCCUCCACCAUCUUAUCCAAACCUGAAAAUUCCUGGUCUAAAUGCAAGAAUACCUGAUGGAUGCUCUUUUGGUUAUCAUGCUGGUGGUUGGGGUAAGCCCCCAGUCGAUGAAUAUGGUCGGCCGCUUUAUGGUGAUGUAUUCGGUUUAAGUACAGCUCAAGACAAUUUGAAUAAGGAGGAAGAAGUUGACAAGUCAUUAUGGGGUGAAAUUGAGUCCGAGGAGGAGGAAGAAGAAGAGGAGGAAGAAGAAGAAGAGGAAGAAGCAGAAAAUGACAAAUUUACUGGUGAAGCCGACGACAGUGGACUUGUAACACCAUCAGAAGGUUUAGAAACACCUUCAGGUUUUGCUUCAAUGCCUAAUGGAAUGGAAACACCAGAUAUCAUUGAAUUAAGAAAAAGAAAGAUAGAAGCUGAAAUGGAGAGCAAUGAGAGUGCUGCUCUUUAUACGAUUAUUCCUGAAAAGAAAACUGAAAGAGUUGGCAAAGAAAUGAUGGCAUCCACUCAUAUCUAUGAUGUGACAGGGUCUCUGAAGAAAGGACAAGGAGUCGAGGUUGCACUGGAUCCAAAUGAUUUGGAAAUGCCUGUUGCUGGAUUAACAGCUAAAUACGAAAAAUCAUUGAAAGAGCAACAAGCUAGCAUAGCCAAAGAAGAUUUAAGUGAUAUGGUUGCUGAACACGCGGCCAGGCAGAAGAGGAAAAAAGUUCAAGACACCAGUAAAUCCAACAAGAAAUAUAAAGAUUUCAAAUUUUGAUUUUUAUGUAUUUUUUCCUAAUUUCAUUAUUUCAUUAAUUAUAAGCAAAAUUCAACAUUAAAUCUGCUUA